AUGAAACGUUUUGUACGCCAUACACGAUCGAUCAUUGAGAGAGCACCCUUGCAAGUCUACACCUCAGCUCUCAUUUACAGCCCCGAACAAAGUCUAGUUCGGAAGCAAUACGAGUACGCAAUUCCUGAGUGGAUUAUCAAUCCACCAGACAUGAGAAAAUCCUGGAGCCCUCUAUUACAAACGCUGGGAGGUUAUGAGGCUGUUAGUGAUAUCUCUCACAUAGGCAAGGGUCUAGCCUUGACGCCCGAUGGCAAGCUACUUGCAACUCCGAAAGUGGAAAUCUGGGAUACAACUACAGGAACACUUCUCAACACCCUAAAGCCGAUGGGAGUUGGAUGCUCUGUCUCGUUUUCUGAGGAUGGCAAAGAAGUCAUAUCCUUAUCGAAGGAAGGAAACCUCAAAGUUUGGGAUGUCUCCUCCGGGCGCUCAAUAAAACAGAUCAGCUCCCCGAUAAGAGGCCAUUGGGCUCUUGCGCAAACAUUUUCCGUCGACAAGACCAGAACGGCUUCUUAUUCAUUGGAUGGCACACUCGUACUUUUUGAUAUCAAGCGAGGAAAAGUGAUCAAAUCGUUCAAGCCUCACAAGUCGAAGUUAUUGUCUAUGACCCUUUCACCUAAUGGCGAGCUUCUGGCAACCCUGUGUACAAAGGGAACCGUUCGGAUCUGGAACACAAUGGAUGCCACGUUGGAGCAUUCCUUCGAAGCAGAUAAGUAUGUGAAGAUCUCCACAGGAAAGGAAAGCAAAUUUCUCAUCAGCAGUGUAUUUGACCAGCGACAGAAGGGAGAAAUCAAAUGGUGGGAUUGGGCUUCUGGCACAGCUGUCAAGACGGUUAAUGGUGGUGGUCAGCUGCUCCAGCUGUCUCCUUGCGGCAGGCUGUUGGCAUCGGCGCAGGACAAUGAGAGCCACCACAGAAAUCUAAUCAAGAUCUGGGAUGCAAAAUCCGGAGAGCUGCUACAAGUUCUGGAUGAUAGCACAAGUCCUGCUAAAAUCUUUGAAUUCUCCAACAAUGGGUCUCUCCUGGCGACAAGGUCUGCUCAGGAAGGUGAAUACUCGAUCAACAUCUGGAACAGAAAGACAGGGGAGCUUGGACCGGUUCUGAAGGGUUCUGGACACAAAAUAUCCUGUCUAGCCUUCUCCCCAGAUGAAGAGCUUCUGGCUGUUACAUUGCCUGACCGAGGCACUUCGAUUUGGAGUCUGUCAUCGGGAAAGGUCAUAACAGCGCUAUUGACAUCCGACAGUGACGCCAACAUCUCUCACACAGUGUGGUCCCCAGAUACCACACAUAUAGGAUCUGUGUGUAGUGAUGGCACUGUGUUACUCUGGGAUACAGCUACUUGGACUUUGAGACGGUUGAUAGCAGAUUUCCCGCCAGAAGAAAAGGAUACUCCAAGGGCAAUAGCAUUCUCACUAGAUGGCAAACUUCUGGCCUCUGGAUAUACCAGAGGCUUGUCAUCUUGGAAACCGCGUUCUCCUGAAGGUGGAACAGGUAUAUGGGACGUGAAAACCGGCAAAUUUAUUGGUAUGCGAGGAAUUGCAGCUAGUCGGCAAACUCUGCGCUUCUCUGCUGAUGGGACAAGCAUAAUGACGGACGUUGGCCGAGUAGACGUUCGGUCAUUCUACAAGGGAGCCGAGUCCGCCCCCUCACGAAAUCUAGCAGUAUUUCAGAAUGAAUGGGCACGGGUUGGGAAUGAAGCCAUCCUGCUGCCGAAUGACUACCAUGCUACUUGUGCCGCUGCCACUGAUGAUGAUCUUCUCAUAAUGGGCCAUGCGUCAGGCAAAGUGACUUUUCUUCGAGCCAAGGUACCUGAGCGUCAGAUUUAG